CUGUUAAGAAGCCUGUUCCCCCAAUUCCUGCCUGUGUGUUGCUGCUGCACCCUGAGCUCCCCUCCUGUCUCUGAUCCAUACUUCCAAGCCAUCAGUACAGAGAGACCAGUCUUGCUCCUUUCUUCCAGGAACUUCUUAAAUCUUCCAGAAAGGCUUAAAAGUGUCACUCCCCAAUAUCCCCCCAUCCAGUCACAUCCUUGUGCCCUUUUCCCUGCCCACAGCUGCUGACUGUCCCAAGGAGGGCUGUUGGGCGAUGGCCACCUCCUGAGAAGCUGACUGACAUCCUGCUUCCUUCGCUGUUUAUCUUGGUGCAGCAAUCUCUGUGAUGAUUCUUCCUACUUGCAGUGGGUGAUGCUGCUAAGAAAGGUCCCUGGCUCCUGCUGUGCACAUCAGAGAACAAGCCGCCGCUGUGGGGAAGGAAGCACAGAGAAGAGUUGGGGUGGCACAGCGCAUCUGCCCGGGCAGAAGACUGACUGGCUCGCCAUGGCUCUGGUUACCUCGAAGAUGACGUGGGGCAGCAUGGAGGUGACCUUGAUCAGGCUCUGCACUGUCCUGCUCUGCUGUGGCCCUAUGCUGGCUGGCUGCCACCAGGUGACCUUCUUCCCAGCAAUGUUAACUCUCCCUGCAGGUGGCUCAGCCACCUUCUUCUGCAAUAUCUCCAUGGAGAACGAGUCCAGCUCAGAGUACAGCCUCAAUUGGUACAAGGAGACCAACCAUAGCCAAGCCCAAAAAAUCGCUGAGAUUGGCCACCAGAUCAGCCAGAUCAACGGCCAGGUGAAGACAGAGAAGUACCUGCUCACCAACCACACUCCUGCCUUCAAGCUUGAGAUCCUGAACCUCCACCAGAACGACUCAGGCUCCUACUUCUGUGGUCUGAUCACCUUCUUUGAACACAAUAAUGUGAUGGAGAGCAAUAGAUCCCAGCUGGUGGUCACAGCAGCCCCUGAGAAGACGAAUACUACUGAUGAGCCUGAGACGGAGGAAAGCAACCCCCCAGACUAUAUCAAGGCCAUGCUCCUGGGGAUCCUGUUGCUGGCUGGGGUGGUUAUGCUGCUGAUCUUUGGCUACCUCACCAUCACAUACAGGAGAGGAGAUGUACAGAAACCACAAAGUAAAAACGCGCCAGCGGCACCUCCAGGAGGAGUCUUGCUCCAUCUUCUCUGCAACCCCAUUAGAAGGAAGAGAAGCCCCCUGUGGUGUCUGUGUCCACUGUGGACUAUGGUGUGCUGGAGUUUCAGUGUGACCAGCACAUGCAGGUCCCCCCGGAGACCUCACCAGUUGACCAGACCGAAUACGCCACCAUCAUCUUCCCAGAUGAGAAGCCUGUCACAUCAGAGCCGGGGAAGAAACACCCAGACGAGAGGAUGUGGCAGCUGCAGUUCCAGCCCUGCUGAGGGCUGGGUCCCUCCUUGCUUGAGGGGUGCAGGCAGGGACAGGCUGCCCUGGCCCCUCACUCCCACCACAGGUUGUAGACGGGAAAAGUCCAGUGUGCCAGGACUGGAGCAAAAGAUGAUGCUGCUGGACUUGACACUGGACAGUCCUGGCUUUGGUGGGACCAUGGCUAUUGGGUGGGUGCCAGGAGACAAGGAAGGUCCCUGCAGGGCUUCUCAUGCUACCUCUUCACACAGGGCAGGUAGGAGGGGCUGUGACAGAUCAGCGAUGCCAAUAGGUCUGUCCCAAAGGUGAUUUACAGCAUGCGUCAAUUUUCUGCCUCCACCUGGGAUUCUCUGGAGUGGACACGCUCCUUCCCUCACCCAGGUCUGACUCAAGCAUGACUGUGGGAGGAAAUGCUGGAGGCCAAAGUGGGAGUGGAUCCUGGGAGAUGCUGCUCAGAGGAGCCCGGGGCUGAGGGAUUCUCCUUGCCCAGGGCAGACACUGCCUUCUGUACGGCUAUUUAAAGAAGACCCUGGGAAGAGGGCAGCUGGCUCUCCUCCUGCCUCCAGGCACUUCCCUCCUCUGCAAGGGGGGGGAAAUAUCCCCUUGUCCCUCCCCUCAGUAGGUGGGAGGUGGAUAUGGCUCAGGGGGUGAAUAAAGG